CGCAUCUCUAUCAGGUAUACCGCCGCGGACGUCCCGCCGAACCACAGCUACAGUUUGAGGCGCACCUCUCCAGGUGAAGCAGCUGAGUCUAUCUGCGCGCGGUCUGCUUGGAUCUACUGACUAUGGGAGUCUGAGGCGGACAUUUUUCCUCCCUCAACCUAAUCCGUCUGUCUCGCGACAUUAUUUGGUAUUUUUCCUUCGAUGCUGUAGGUGGUGAGGAACUGAGGAGGCUGACAGUAGGACACCAUGUCCCACAGUGAGUCAGAGAAGUGCAUGGACAAGUCCCCUCAAGUGGAGACUCUCUUUUCCACAGAGCUUCAUAUAUACGAGCCAGGAGAUGAAGGCUACAUACCCAAAAGCCCACCAGCACCCCAGUCUGAAACAGCCAUUCUGCAGGUAGACACAGUGGACAGGGGGUUGGUUCUAAGCACAGAGAGUCCUGCAGCAAAGAAGCCUGAGAGCCAAAAGGUAAUUCUAAGUACAGAGAGCCCUGCAGCAAAGAAGCUUGGGGCCCAGCAGCUGUUUCCCAAGGGCUUGGCAGUGUCCAGCCGGCCCAAAAACCGCCAUCACACCACGGUGGUGACCUUCCCAGUGGGACUGGAGAACUCCAGCAAUGAGAACCGCAGCCGUCACUCAACCCAGGGUCCAGAUGUUUCCUGGGAAGAUUAUGAUAGUGAUGGAGAGGGAUUUGCCUUCAGGAGGAACCGCAGGAACAAGUCAUACCGAGCUGCGGUGACCAGCCUGGACAUUGAAGCCAUGACAGCCGGGACAGCAGAUAAACCCACUCUGAAACCGGUUGAUGAAAACAGAGAAAGCAGUCCCGGUCCUGUGCACAGUAGGAGACAGAAGCGUACCCUUGGCCGAAAGAGGAACCAGCGUGGAUCAUUCAAAGACGCCAAACCGUGCCUGUACCAGGAGAUCCGAGAGCGCGGGCUUCAUUCCACCAACCAGGAUGAGCUGCUUGAGGACUUUGUGGUGGUGGAGCCUCCUGAACAGGAUCAGGGAAUUGUAAUGAAGAGCUACAAACAAGCUCACCUCACAUGGAGCCAGUUACCGCAGGUGAAGGAAUCUGGUAUUCUGUCCAAAAUCACACCUCAGGAGAGAAAAAGGCAAGAGGCCAUUUUUGAAAUUAUCACCUCAGAGCAUUCAUACCUGCACAGCCUUGGCAUCCUGGUACGUCACUUCAAGAACAGCGCAGAGUUGAAGAAAACCAUGACGACCACCGAACACCACCACCUCUUCUCCAACAUAUCUGUCAUCCACACAGUUAGCCAACGUUUUUUUAAGGACCUCGAAAAUCGUCACAAUGAUCAGCUGCUGAUCCGGGACAUCAGCGACAUUGUUCAGAACCACGCCGCGCACCACUUCGAGCCUUACAUCGUCUACUGCUCCAAUGAGACCUUUCAGCAGAGGACAUUGCAAACACUGCUGAAUAAUAACACUGCCUUCAAAGAGACCCUGAAAGAAAUAGAGUCCAGUAGCGAAUGUGGAGGUCUGCCCAUGCUCUCCUUCCUCAUCCUGCCCAUGCAGCGUGUAACCAGACUACCACUUCUGCUGGAUACAAUCUGUCAGAAAACUCAGGCACAGUCUGCAGAGUACUUUGCUGCUGUUUGGGCCCUCAAUGCUAUGAGCAAGUUGGUUACUGAAUGCAAUGACGGAGCAAGGCGGAUGGAAAGAACAGAGCAGAUGUACACCAUCCAAAAACAGAUGGAUUUUGGAAAAAUAAAGCCGUUUCCUCUGGUGUCGGCAUCCCGAUGGAUAAAGAAGCGUGGAGAGCUGGCCGUCUCCAGCGAAGAGCUCAGCAUCUGGAAGGCUUUCACUACCAGGAGCUACUACUUGUUUCUCUUUAAUGAUGUGCUGAUUGUUACCAAAAAGAAGUCUGAGGAGAGCUUCGUAGUGUUGGACUAUGCCACUCUGGAUAACAUACAGGUCCAGUUGGGAGAGGAUGCAGAAGUACGGACGUCUUCGCCUGGCAAAAACAACUCCCACUACCUUUCCUUCAAGCUGCGGAUGAGCAAGAACAGUGAGGGGAAAUUAGAGCAAAUCUCCCUGGUGGCUGAAUCUAGGAUGGACCGGGCGCGAUGGAUAAUUGCUCUAAAAGAGCAGAAGCAGGAAGGGGUCUUUGCUUGCACAGAUGGGCUACCGCAGUACGAAGUCACCAAAACAUACAUGCCUAAAGAGCCGGAUGAACUCGGCCUACGACAAGCCGAGCUGGUCAUUGUUCUCCAAAAGGAAGAAGAAUGGUGCUAUGGUGAGAGAAUGAGAGAUGGAGAGCGAGGCUGGUUUCCUGCUAGUUGUGCCACUGAGAUCACCAAUCCCGACGCCAUGGAGAGCAACGUACAACGAAUGAAGCGUUUGCGCAAAGAGACCAACGUCUAAAUGAGGUGGCCCCAUUAUGCCACCAGAAGCUAUAGAUGAAAUAAACACUGCUGAAGACUCGUACACACACCGCUCGUCUGGGGAAUCGAACUGAACCCUGGAAAUUCUUUUUCUUUUAAACUGACUGAGCCUCUUUU